UUUUUGGAGGUGUGCUUCACCUUGGAAUGAAGAGAUGGAGGCACGAAAAGCUUUCCAGAAGGGCAUCCAGCUGGGAUCGUAGUUCAGUACCUUCCUGAGCCUGCUCAAUUAUCUCCUCUACCCCCUGCCUCAGUAGCCCAAAAAUGAAGUCUGAGUGUAUAUUGUCCAGCUCGCCUCUCUCCUCUGUAGGGGUAGUAGAUAAUGCAUCUGGUUUGGUAUUGUUGGAGCUUUUGUAUCUGGCAAGAGUUUAGUUUCUUAGCGGUUUGGAGGUAUGCUAGAUUCUUGUGAUCGGUGUACACAGUGAAUAGCUCCUUGGUGCCUUGCAGCCAGUGUCUCCACUCCUGUAACACGAGAACUAUAGCCAUCGGUUCUCUGUUCUCCACGUCAUAGUUGGUGACUAACACAAGUGUGUUAGUCAACGAGAGAAGAAGGCACAGGGGUGGGUUUGUUGUAGAAGUUGACGCUUCGGAUUCAGGAGUUGGGGCAGUGUUGUCCCAGUGCUCCCCAGUCGACCAGAGUUAGGGGGGUGCAACAUACAGUAGGUAUUUUGUAAAAGCCUUCGUUAGCAACUCAAAACACAAACAGACAGAACAUGACACUAUCAUGACAGGAUUCAAGUAGGCUGCAGGAGGUUGGCCAUGUUGGUUUAAAGCAACAUUUUUACGGGCAAAAUUCAGGGAACAUAUUUUGAUCUUCAAGGCAAUUGACAAAUCAGAAGCAGAUCUCCUAGUUGGCUAGGCAAAGCUAUCUAUGGGAAUCCAAUGUGGGAGGAGCAUGCCGUCAAAGGUUGAUGAUGAUUCCAUGAAUUUUUUUGCAUUUCUACUUGCAUUUUUACUAUAUUAAUUUUUAUAUUUUUGCACUUUAGGAGGACUGGAGAGGAUGGUUAAAGCGGCAGCAUCCUCCCUCUCAGCGCGACUCCUCCGGGGAUCGGGAGCAGACCCAGUCAAACUUCCAGCAGAGAAGGGAUUCACAACAAGACAACAGUAAGGUGAGAGAUGUUGCAAGCUGCAAUCGGCCAUCUGCUUUGUUUCUUCUUCAUUCAGGGCUGAUGUCCUUAUGCUGUGUCCCUCAACGUGCACUGCUCUGCUUGUCCCCCUCGACCAUUUCAUGGGCUUCCAAGUGACCCCCGCCAUUCCACCCUUAGCCCCUCACCCCUAACCUUCCUCACCCGGCCCUACUCCCAACCCUCAACCAUGGUGGCCCGCGCUCUCGUGGUGGUGAUGUUGUGUCGAGGCGUGCUGCUGUCUGUCGGAGACCCGCCGCCGACCCGCCGGGAGAUCCGAAUGGAAGGCGACCUGGUCCUGGGCGGCUUGUUCCCAGUACAUGAGAAAGGCAGCGGCAUGGAGGAGUGCGGCCGUGUCAAUGAAGAUCGAGGCAUCCAGAGACUGGAGGCCAUGCUGUUCGCCAUAGACGCCAUCAACAGGGACCCUGUACUGUUGCCUGGCGUUUCCCUCGGUGUGCACAUCUUGGACACGUGCUCGCGAGAUACCUACGCACUGGAGCAGGCGUUGGAGUUUGUGCGCGCGUCGCUCACCAAGGUGGACGACUCGGAGUUCAUCUGUCCGGACGGCUCUUAUGCCCUGCAGGAUGACAGCCCACUCGCCAUCGCUGGCGUCAUCGGCGGUUCCUUCAGCAGUGUCUCCAUACAGGUUGCCAACCUUCUCAGGCUCUUCCAGAUCCCCCAAAUAAGCUACGCGUCCACCAGCGCCAAGCUAAGUGACAAGACCCGCUACGACUACUUCGCCCGCACCGUGCCGCCUGACUUCUAUCAGGCCAAGGCCAUGGCUGAGAUCCUGCGCUUUUUCAACUGGACCUACGUCUCCACCGUGGCGUCGGAGGGCGACUACGGAGAAACGGGCAUCGAGGCCUUCGAGCAGGAGGCCCGCAUGAGAAACAUCUGCAUUGCCACAUCAGAAAAAGUGGGACGUUCCAACGCCAAAAAGUCAUACGAAGCCGUAGUCCGCCAACUCCUCCAGAAGCCCAACGCCCGUGUGGCCGUCCUGUUCCUGCGCAGCGACGACGCGCGAGAGCUCCUGGCCGCCGCCGCCAGGCUUAAUGCCUCCUUCAUCUGGGUGGCCAGCGAUGGCUGGGGGGCACAGGAGAGCAUCGUCAAGGGCAACGAGGUGACUGCCGAAGGAGCCAUCACGCUGGAGCUGGCCGCCAAUCACGUGCCAGAGUUCAACCGCUACUUCCUCAGUCUGAACCCCAAGAAAAACCUUCGCAACCCGUGGUUCAGGGAAUUCUGGGAGCAGCGCUUCCAGUGCUCACUGGGCAGCGGCGGAGGGGAAACAUCUCUCCCCCUGUGCGACAAGGAAAUAUCCAUGGACAAGAGCAACUUUGAACCUGAGUCCAAGAUCAUGUUUGUGGUAAACGCAGUGUACGCCAUGGCCUACGCUCUUCACAAUAUGCAGCGCAGCCUCUGCUUCAACACCAGCACACUGUGCGAUAGCAUGAAGGCCUUGGAUGGUCGCAGACUCUACCGGGACUUCAUACUGAACGUCAGCUUCACAGCCCCCUUCUCCCCCGCCGGCAGCGAGACAGCCGUCAAGUUCGACUCCCAGGGCGACGGCGUAGGCCGCUACAACAUCUUCAGCUACCAGCACUCCGGCGAACGCUACGCUUACGUGCCGGUCGGCGAAUGGGCUGAGAGUCUCAGUCUUAAUGGCGGUCUGAUUCAGUGGCCCAGGGAGGCGGCCCCCACCUCGCAGUGCAGCGACCCCUGCAAGCGCAAUGAGAUGAAGAAAAUGCAGGCAGGCGAGUACUGUUGCUGGAUCUGUACUGCAUGCGAGCCUCACGAAUACCUGGCUGACGAGUUCACUUGUUCACCCUGCGCUCCGGGUCAGUGGCCCACCGACGACCUGACGUCCUGCUACGAGCUCCCUGAGGAUUACAUCAUGUGGGAAGACGCGUGGGCCAUCGGGCCCAUUACCAUCGCCUGUGUGGGCUUCUUGUGCACCGGCCUGGUGCUGUGGGUGUUGGUCCGCCACAAUGACACGCCACUGGUGAAGGCGUCGGGCCGCGAGCUGUGCUACAUCCUCCUCCUGGGCGUCUUCAUGUCUUACGCCAUGACCUUCCUUUUCCUGGCCAAGCCGUCGCCGGCCAUCUGCACCUUGCGCCGCCUCGGCCUGGGCACAUCGUUCGCCGUCUGCUACUCGGCACUGCUCACCAAAACCAACCGCAUCGCCAGGAUCUUCGGUGGCGUCAAGGAUGGAGCGGGUGCUGCCAGGCCGCGCUUCAUCAGCCCGUCUUCUCAAGUCUUCAUUUGCCUGAGCCUGAUUUCGGUGCAGUUGGUGAUGGUGUCCGUGUGGCUGCUGCUGGAAGUUCCAGGCACGCGGCGCUUCACGCUGCCUGAGCGCCGGCAGACGGUCAUCCUCAAGUGCAACGUGCGCGAGGCCAGCAUGCUGCUGUCGCUCAGCUACGACGUACUCCUGGUCAUCCUGUGUACUGUAUAUGCCUUCAAGACCAGGAAGUGCCCCGAGAACUUCAACGAGGCAAAGUUUAUUGGCUUCACCAUGUACACCACCUGCAUCAUCUGGCUGGCCUUUCUGCCCAUCUUCUAUGUCACGUCCAGUGACUACAGAGUCCAGACGACCACCAUGUGCAUCUCAGUGAGCCUGAGUGGCUUUGUGGUGCUGGGCUGCAUGUUUGCCCCCAAGGUUCAUAUCAUCAUGUUCCAGCCCCAGAAGAACGUCACCAGUCACAGGCUCAACCUUAAUCGCUUCAGCGUCAGCGGGGCAGCUGUCGCCUCCUAUGCCUCUCACGCUUCCGUCAGCGCCCACUAUGUCCCGACCGUGUGCAACGGCAGAGAAAUUGUCGACUCAACCACUUCGUCUCUGUGACCGCCCACCCCACAAAGACGCCCUGCGACUGUUAACCCCGCCCACCAAGUCCCUAUGAACCAAUGAGGUUUCAUUGGCCUACCCAAUUAUUGCAGCCUCCGUAACUGACCGGUCCGAGCAGUAUAGAAAAUGUAUAACUAUACAGUAAUUAAAUUAUUUUCUAAAAGGCUUGUAAAUAUGUGGGAUGUAGACUAUAAAAAAGGGACCAUAAACAUUUUUAGGAGGAUCUUUUGGAGCAUUUUGUUUUUUGAUAGCUUUGUUAUUAUGAUGUAAAUAGGUUCAAGAUGGUGGUAAGAAGAGGACCUUUGCAAUACCCCACUGACUUUUUAUUAUUGUUAUGAUGUUUAUUCUCAUGGUCUUUUUGUAGGUUCUCAUUGUAAUAAUGAUAAUACUCCAAUGUAUGCAUUUCUAGUGUGUAUCUUUUUGUGUAGUAUGGCCCACGGUUGAAACAGCACAAUGAGUGUCACAGUAUUUGGGCAGGACUGAAUGUGAGCGUAAUGGACAACUUGUACAAAAAAAAAAAAAAAAGAACUACAUUACAACUACGUCUUCAUGGAAUUAUGUUGCUUUUGAUACUUUUGUUUUUAUAUAAAAGAACAUGUCUAAUCAUAGAAUCCCUUUAUUCAAAUGGCCAGUUACAUGCACAUGCAUGUGUUCACCCAAGCAAUAGUAGAAACAGAAAAGAGACAACAAUCAAUAUAACAAUAAAUUAAUAACAAGGUCGGUAGAAAGCACAAAAAUAGUAAAACAAAAGAAAUCAAGUCUGAGUCAUGCUGGGUCAAAAGCCAAAGAAUAAAAAUGAGUUUUGAGAUGAGUUUUAAAGAUGGACAGAAUAUACUUCAAAUAAUACCGGGGAAAUGUCCUACUCACAUAAGGACAGUUAAAAUAGUACAAGAAAAACACAUUUUAAAUUUACAUGACUCAAUUGGUGCAAGUAUGGCAAAAAAAAGUCAAAAGAUUAUGAGUACUAAGUGACAAAUAAGUCACAUACAACAAAUGAAGUCUGAAUCACCAAAAGAAUAUAAAACCUAAUUGUCGGGAGAAUAAAAUAUGAAAGGAGUGUUGAGAUUAUUAGGAUAUCUUGAUAAAAAUGUUGAAAUAUUGUGAGAGUAAAGCCAAAAUAUUAAAAUGACAUCUGACAUGGAAAUAAAUCCAAAACGCUGGAGGGAAAGUCAAGUCUAACUAUUACAAGAAAUAUUUCUGAAAAAAAAUGUAAACUCAUCAGAUUCAAAUUCUUCAUGUUACAAGAAUGUUACAAUAUGUAUAAAGAAAAAAAUAAUCUGAAUGUGACGUAAAUAAAGCGGUGAUAUUACAAGACAAAAUAAGUAAAAAUCUCAAGGAUAAAGAUGAAAUGUAACUAAAAUAGCCAUAGUUGCAUUAUGACAGUCAAAACGUCAUGGAAAUAAAUUAUAACAUAAAAUAUAUUUGCAAUAUUACAAAAUAUAGCGUGGAAUGCUGCAAUACAAAUGUAGAAAUAAGAGGAAAAAGUAGAAUUUUUUUUUUUAAAGUUAUAUUAUGGAGGGGGGGAGUAAAUAUCACCCUAUCCAUCUAUCUAUCUGGCAAUGGUUACUUCUUGCUCAUUAUUUUACAGAAACUGCCAUUUCCCUCCGAUUUUGUUGCCUUGACAAAUAUUUUGACUGACCAACUAUAAUGACAUUUUUAUCUGUAAUUGAGUUACUCUCAUCCUCUGCAUAGUUUGGAUCCCAGUUCAUAUAAUCUAGGUUGCCUGAAUGCAGAGCGGUCGGUCGGUCGGUCGGUCAACAAACAGGGAUUAGAAAAAAGGGUUUCUCAAAAUAGUGGCAUAAAUCCAAACAUUCAUUAAAUCAAUCAAUAUUUCAUAAAGUUUUCAUUGGGACCCAAGCUAAUGCACUGCUUACUUUCUGAGUCUUCUAUCAAUAGCUGAAAGUCACUUUUAGGCAUUUUGGCCGAGUGUUGCACUGAUGAAUCGGAAAGUGGAGAUUGGACUGGACCCAAUGUCAAAAUUGGAACCAGACCUUCAUUUACACCAGUAGUCAAUGUUUACAACAAUUGAGUUAGGCCAUUGUAAUUUUCAAUUGCUUCAUUGAAAUUAAAGAACACAUUUUGUGUUGGAGGUAGUGAUGGGAAAAUGAAGCUUCAGGUUUGCUUCAUAAAGCAGUUGUAUUAUUUUUUAUUAUUUUUAUUGGGUUUUUUUUAUUACUGUUAAUGGCACUGUUGGUUUAAAUAAAAGGGUUUCUUAAAUGGGCAAAGUGUCAUUGAGAGGAGUAAAAAAAAAAAAAAAAGGUUCAUGAAGCAAAUUUGAGGCUUCAUUUCCCCAUCACGAGUUGGAGGAGAGACAAAUGACUCCUCGCUGCUUCUUCUUCUGAUUUGUCUUCUUGUGUGUCUGUGAUGUUUUCAAUAUGGCAAUGUGCCUUAUUAUGUGUAUGAUGGAGCUCUGGUGGAGACUGUAAAAGGUCACUAUUUAAACAUUUCAAAACAAACAAACAAGUGAUCGACACUAUGCCAGUUUAGUAUUUUCCCUGUUCCUUCCUUCCUUGUCCACCUUGCAAUUAAAAGCACAUCAAGCGU